AUGUACGGAGUAUCUCCUGGGCUUUCGCCGUCAUCGAAUGGACACCCUUAUGAUAGCAACGACUGCCUUGAUUCUCUGCCUCCCGUCCGAGGCGAUCCAGUCCCAUCUGACUCUCAAGAUGCUCCAGUUCCCGAAGAGCCGACUGAAGAACCCCAGGAAGAAGUACCAUCGGUGACCCUAACCAUCACCAACGUGGUUUGUAUGGCCCACUUAGGAUGUCAUCUGCGUCUGAAGGAGAUAGCCAGGUCAGGUGUCAACGUACAAUACAACCCUCUUCAAAACCACGUCAUAAUGAGGCUGCGUAGGCCUUAUAUAGUGGCAACUAUCUGGUCAAGUGGCAAAUUUUGGUGCACUGGGGCAAAUUCUUUGGCGAAUGCGAAGAAGGGUGCAAGAAGAAUAGCUCGACGGAUCUCUCUGGUUGGGUUCCCUUGCCGGUUUACAAAAUACCGGAUUUUAAACAUCAUGGCCACCUGUAAACUUCCCUUCCGAGUGCGCUUGGACGAUCUAGCCAAGGAACGCCCCCGAGCUAUGAGCUAUGAGCCGGAAUUGGGACCAUGGUUGACUUACUGGGUAGAGGAGGACACCAGGAAUACAUUGAAGCUCUUUUCCACUAGCAAAAUGGUUAUGAUAGGUAGGAGUGUGGAAACUGUAGAAAGCAUGGUAGAAGAGGUGAUUUCCCUUGCGGCGUUGCAUCAGACUGGUGAACCCGUUCCCGAUACUGAGGACGACGAUGGCGGUAGCAGUCGUCGCCGCCAACGCCAACGACGGAGACGGGGUUAUGGGUCGCGAAGUAAAAAUCCCUUUGCUGAGAUGACCGCGAAAAACAUUCCUGAGUUAGCGAGCGUCCUUCUCGAGGAGGAGGACGAUGAGGAUGGAGAGGAGGAAACUGCCGAUAUCACCUGCACUGACGUUGAUGGCGAGGAAGAAGAAGAUGAUGAAACGAAGCCAAAAGAGCAACAUUUGUCUUCCGAUGUCAAAUCUCAAUACGUCAUCCAUUCAACAUGGCCACAGCAGUCACAGGCACCAUCGGUGACCGAUGUUGUUCGUAGUGGUUCGACGAAGCGCGCCUGUAUUACUGCCUACUCGGAGCAGCAGACCUCUUCGUCCACCACUGCUGCUACCUCCACUCCCCUUCCCGCCGCUGCGCCGCAGUACAUUUUCGCUACUGCUACACCCAACGUCCCAGCUACCACGGUGGUGCCCGUCCGUUUUACUGCCGCUCCUUUGAACGGCACUGUCCAACCACAAAUCGCAACUUUUGCUGCUCCCUCUCAUCCCAAGGUUGUGACAGUAAACGCACCAACGCAAGCAAACAUACUGCGGGUGGUAAGUCCUGUGCAGAUCGCGACAGCGACAGGGCCGCAGCAACCACGGUAUAUUUUGAGCCGAUUUCCCAUGGGCGCAGCGAUAAUCAAUCCUUCCACUACCACUAUUGUGAUGGCGCCGUCCGCGGUGCAGGCGGCAGGCGUGCAAUUUGCCACUCCCAUCGGCAAUGGGCAGACGCAGGUUAUAAGCACAGUCCCUAAUCCUACUGCGAACAACGCUACGCAACAGACCGCCCUUCCAAGCACUUUCGUCACGCCGGGGCUAGAGCGCCAACUGGACAAAGAGUCUUUCUAUGGCUACGUUCACGCCGUAUCCGGACCCGUCGUUACGGCCUCUCAGAUGGCCGGCUCGGCAAUGUACGAGUUGGUCAGAGUUGGUCAUGAUAACCUCGUAGGCGAGAUUAUUCGGCUCGAGGGUGACAUGGCUACCAUCCAGGUCUACGAGGACACCUCUGGUGUUACUGUUGGCGACCCCGUAUUGAAAACUGGCAAACCUCUUUCUGUGGAACUUGGACCUGGUAUCAUGGGUAGCAUUUUCGAUGGUAUUCAACGUCCACUGCAGGAUAUCCGCCAGUUAACGUCCUCAAUAUACAUUCCUAAAGGCAUCAAUGUCCCCUCUCUGGACCGCAAGGUAGUGUGGGAGUUUACGCCCAACUCUACCUUUCGACCAGGAAUGCACAUAACGGGUGGGGACAUUUUCGGUUCGGUGUAUGAAAAUACCCUCGUAAAUCAUAAGCUGAUGCUCUCGCCGAAGGCUAUGGGUACUGUGCGAUGGAUUGCGCCUUCGGGCAACUAUAACAUCACAGAUAAGGUACUGGAGACAGAAUUUGAUGGGGAGGUCACGGAGCAUUCAAUGUUGCAAAUCUGGCCAGUUCGACAACCACGGCCGGUAGCCGAGAAACUACCCGCCAAUUAUCCCCUCCUCACUGGGCAGCGAAUUCUCGACGCUCUCUUUCCCGCUGUCCAAGGCGGUACAACGGCCAUUCCUGGAGCUUUUGGUUGCGGCAAGACGGUCAUCUCGCAAUCCCUCUCUAAAUACUCCAACUCUGAUAUAAUCGUCUACGUGGGGUGUGGUGAACGUGGUAACGAAAUGGCUGAGGUGCUUCGUGAUUUCCCCGAGCUAACAGUGGAGGUGAAUGGCAAGCAAGAGACGAUAAUGAAGCGAACGGCGCUGGUAGCCAACACCUCGAAUAUGCCGGUGGCAGCGCGUGAGGCCUCCAUCUACACAGGCAUCACCUUGUCCGAGUACUUCCGUGACAUGGGCUACAAUGUGGCGAUGAUGGCUGACUCCACUAGUCGAUGGGCUGAAGCGCUGCGAGAAAUCUCCGGCCGCCUUGCUGAAAUGCCGGCUGAUUCGGGUUAUCCCGCCUACCUCGGUGCCCGUCUUGCUAAUUUCUACGAGCGUGCGGGUCGCGUGCGGUGUCUCGGAGGGCCGGAGCAGCGUCAAGGCUCCGUUACAAUCGUCGGUGCCGUAUCUCCACCUGGCGGUGACUUCUCUGAUCCCGUUACCUCGGCAACCCUCGGCAUCGUACAGGUCUUUUGGGGCCUGGACAAGAAAUUGGCACAGCGCAAGCACUUCCCCAGUGUGAAUUGGCUCAUCUCCUACUCCAAGUAUGUACGCGCCCUGGACGAGUACUACGAGCAGAACUUCCCCGAGUUCGUCAAUCUGCGCACCAAAGUUCAAGAGAUUCUGCAGGAGGAAAAGGACCUUUCAGAGAUCGUCCAACUAGUUGGCAAGGCGUCACUGGCGGAAUCGGACAAGAUCACUCUGGAGGUGGCUCGUAUCAUCAAGGACGACUUCUUGCAACAAAACGGCUACUCGGACUACGAUAGGUUCUGUCCAUUUUACAAAUCGGUGGGAAUGAUGCGCAACAUCAUUCAUUUCUACGAUCAAGCGCGACACAUCGUGGAGGCCACGGCUCAAUCACCGCGUCGCAUCACCUGGGCCAUCAUCCGCGAGGCUAUGAGCUCCACCCUUUACAAACUCUCCAACAUGAAGUUCAAGAACCCUCGCACUGAGAGUCAGGCUCAAAUUCUAGCCGAUUUUGAUGAGCUGAACGAGGAGAUAACAACAGCCUUUAGAAAUUUGGAGGAUCUCUAG